UCUCCGCCGGCAGCCACGCACCAGCAGCAGCAGCCAACAAGUUUAGCAGCGCCGUGAAACCCUCCGCCGGCAGCCACGCAUCCACUACGGCAGCUAGGCAUGGCAGUCUCGCCGCCGCCAACCACGCAGCACCCGUGGCCGAUGGAACACACACAUUAAGCACGCACUCCGGCACCGUUCCCACGCCAGCGUCGGCCUCCUGCCCCUCCCUCUCUGCUAUCUCUCCUCCUGUCCUCCACCCUCUAAGAUGCGGUCACAUCUGGUGCGUCAUCCACCAUCCCCACCACACAUGUGCCUCUCCAAUGCUUGAUCUGAGAAAAAAAUCAGGGAAAGAAGAUGAACCAGAGAUGACCAGGCGAAGGCGUUGUGGCGGGACGGAGCUUUCCGGAUGCAGCGGUUGCACCGGCCAGCGAGUCGGGGAGGGGAUCGGGGAGGUCGCCGUUCCCCUAGAUAGAGGGGAGAGAGAGGGCAAUAUCGGGGAGGCCAGAAAAACGGGGAGAGGAUCGGGGAACUGCUGGAAGCAGUUUUUUUGCUCUUUUCCCCUAAAAUAGCGAUGAGGGAGGGUUUCGGCGUGCUGCUGGACUUGCUCUGAGAACCGAAGUGCACAAUAAUCGCCGAGAGCCAAGUCGUAGGACUACCCGACACCCUCCACAACCUCCCACCUUCCCCUUCCCUCGCCGCCGGCGUCGUCGGAGCGGCUGCCCCCCACCAUCUGAUCUGGAUCUGGCGUAUGGAGGACCUCCCGAAUACCGAACCUGUCCGGCGGGCGGAGACUCGGCUCUGCGCGCGCUGCGGCCGAUGGGUGGAGCCGUGGAGGCCUGGGGCACUCAGCCGGAUGCGGUGCCGGCUCCUGCGGCAUAGCCGGCCGGCGGUGGCCCUAACGGCAUCUAUACUGCCGUGAACUUCUAUUAUCCAUGGCGUGACAUUGGCGCGUAAAGAGUCGCUGCGUCCGAGGCAUCGCCGGUGGUCGAGGAGCGGGUUUGACAACUGACAUUACGAUGUGGAUGAAUUGGGAGUGCUUAUCUUCUGACUGAGGCAAGUUGGUUUGAAAAGUGGGUUGUAGAUCUUUAUAUGCUAAAAGCUUUCUGCACCCAUCUUCACUUGUUCAGACAACCAGAGUUUCAGUCACUUCUGCAAACUAAGGUCUUUCUAUGGCUUUUUCUACGCAGAAGUAUUACAAGUUCAACCAAGGGUAACCUACUCUUUACUAAAAAAAGGGUAACAUACUAUAUUGGGUUGGAAACUAGGAGAGAGACAUCAAGUGUUGCUUUUGUCCAAGCAACGAAUUAUCUGAUCAACUCCUUUGUCGAUGCCUAUUGGCAUAAUAUACAUGGUGAUGUCGUGCUUCUUGGUGUGCCUUUUGGCUUUGCUUUAACUCCUACAUAUCCUGAUCAUCUUCGGGAAGGCUGGAAAUAUCAUUCUCCACCCUCUAAACAAUUUUUUGAGCUAUUUGGGAGGUGGAGUUCUGCAGCAACUCUCUCUUGGGCUGUGAAAAACAAUGAUACUAUUCGUAUGUCAACAGAAACCAUACCUGAUGAUCCUACUAGUGUCCUUUAGGCCAUUACAGAAACCCGUGGCUUAGGAGGUGUUCUACAGGGAUACAGACAAGCGAGGGAACAGGCCAUAUUUCCAAGGACGAUGGUGUCCAAGGUCGCCAGUGGUGGUUGAUGUAUGCUUGUGUUUGUGUGUAGUCCUGGCCUUCUAGUGUCAUUGUUUUAUUCCAAGUCGUAGUGCUGUAGGGAGGAUGGUUAUGUUCUUCAGUUCAGUUGCAUUUUACCAUCUUUUGUGGCCUGAAGCCCUGAACUAUUGUCAUGCUCAAUGGUUUCUUUAGUGAAAUCAGGGAUGAUGUCCUUUUUUGUAUAUAAAAAAUGGUUUCACCUCUGUCUGCACUUGCAAAAAAAUUGUGCACUUUUCCUUUUGUGGGUUUUGCAGAGGCAUCAAGGAGAGAUAUAUGUUAUGUUCUACUCCCUCCGUUCCUAAAUAUUUGUCUUUUUAGAGAUUUCAAAUGGACUACCACAUACGGAUGUAUAUAGACAUAUCUUAGAGUGUAGAUUCACUCAUUUUACUCCGUAUGUAGUCACUUGUUGAAAUCUCUAGAAAGACAAAUAUUUAGGAAUGGAGGGAGUAGCUAACUAUGUAUGAAAUGACAGUUUUUUCUACUGUGAAUAUUGAAUGCAGUAUACAGAGAAAAAUAGUAAAGCAAAUCUGAUGUUCCAUUUCAUGGGUGAUAUUUUAUCUGCAGCUCUUUUGUGCUUUAUUGCCCAGAUAUCCAAUAUGGCAGAGGUGAUUAUAUCAAGCCUUGCAAUCUCAGUUCUCCGAAAGGCCACAUCUUCUGGCAGUGAAUGGGCCGUUAAUGAGUUCAAGUCGUCCUGGAAUAUCAAGAAAGAGCUUGAAAAGUUGGAAAGGUCACUGAGUUCCAUCUGUGGUGUUCUUGAAGAUGCCGAGGGCAAACAGUCAACUUCUCAUGCUCUUAAAGAGUGGUUAGACAAUUUGAAGGAUGCAGUCUACGACAUAGAUGAUGUUCUGGAUGGCGUGGCCACCCGAGCUCUAGAGCAAAAGGUUCAUACAGGAUUCUUCAUUCGAAUGAGCCACAUGCUUGCUUUUCCAUUCAAAUUGAGCCACAUGAUAAAAGAUGUCCGUGAAAAACUUGAUGAGAUAGCAUCCAACAGAUCAAAAUUUGGAUUAACAUGCCAUCUAAUUGGUAACCAUGUAUCCAGGUGCAGUAACAGGGAAACACAUUCCUUUAUUAAUGAAAAAUAUAUUAUUGGAAGAGAUGAUGCUAAAGACAAUAUUGUCAAAGUUAUAUUGACUGCUGCAAACUCAAAUUCUUUGUCUGUGCUUCCUAUAGUUGGUUUGGGAGGGAUAGGAAAAACUGCAUUGGCCAAGUUGGUAUACAAUGAUGCACGGACUAGCAAGAAGUUUGAAAGGAAGUUAUGGGCAUGUGUCUCUGAUGUAUUUGAUCUUCACAAGAUCUUAGAUGACAUAAUACAAUCUGGUACCGGUGAAAGCAACAAACAACUAAACCUGGAAAUGUUACAGCGCAAGUUGCGUGGGAUUUUACAGGAGAAGAGAUAUUUUCUUGUACUUGAUGACAUGUGGAAUGAUCAAGUUUCUGACUGGGAAGAGUUGAGAAGCCUGCUUUCCAGUGGUGGUAGUGGAAGUGUGAUUGUAGUCACCACGCGCAGUUCAAAUGUUGCAUCCCUGGUGAAGACCCUGGAACAAUAUGACGUUACAAAAUUACCGCAUGAUGAGUGUAUGGAAGUAUUUGUUCGGUGCGCAUUCAGAGAUGGCAGUGAAAAAGACCCCAAGUUGCUAAAACUGGGGAACUCCAUUGUUAAAAAAUGUUGUGGUGUUCCUUUGGCAGCAAAGACACUGGGUUCCCUGUUGUGUAAUAGUCGAAAUGUUGAAGAAUGGCGGCGCAUCGACGAAAACAAACUGUGGAACAUUGAGGGAAGCAUAAAUGGUAUCUUGACAGCAUUAAAAUUGAGUUAUGAUGCACUUCCGCCUCAUCUGCGAGCGUGUUUCGCUUGCCUAUCAACUUUCCCGAAGGACUACCAUAUGUUUACGAAUCACCUUGUUAUGUUCUGGAUGGCAUUGGGGUUGUUGCACCGGGGCAGUGAAAGCCAUGAGACGUUAACUAAUGGAGCAAAAUACUUCCAUGAACUUCUUGAUAGGUCCCUUUUACAAGACCAAUAUAUUCUUUACGAUGGCAGCAUUCAGAAAUGUAAAAUGCAUGAUCUUGUUCAUGAUCUAGCAAUAUCGGUGUCCAGAAAUGAGUGUGCUCUUGUUAGUUGUGAAAAGGUUGCAGUGUCUGAAAGAGUUAGGCAUCUAGUGUGGGACCGCGAGGACUUCUCAGUGGAUCUGAAAUUUCCUAAGCAGCUGAAAAGGGCACGUAAGGCGAGAACAUUUGCAAGCAGAUACAAUUAUGGUACCGUGAGCAAAGCCUUCCUCGAGGACCUAUUCUCUACAUUCACACUCCUGCGUGUCUUGAUUUUCUCUUAUGUUGAAUUUGAAGAGCUACCGAGUUCAGUUGCAAAUCUGAGGCAUCUGAGGUACCUAGAUCUACAAUGGAACAAGAAAAUCAGAAUCCUACCGAAUUCCUUAUGUAGAUUGGUGAAUCUACAAACAGUUCAUCUUGGCCGGUGCAGCCAAUUUGAUGAGCUACCAGGACGUAUGGAUGAACUUGUCAACCUUACGUUCUUGGUCCUCACGUCAAAACAAAAGAAUUUACUAAAAAGUGGGUUUUGUGGUUGGUCUUCCAUGACAUUUCUAUAUUUGAGCGGCUGCACCGAGUUAGUAUCACUCACAGAAGGAUUUGGUAGCCUCACUGCUCUCCGAGAGUUGCUCAUCUUCAACUGCCCAAAGCUCGCUUCUCUCCCCUCUUCCAUGAAGCAGCUCUGUGUGCUUGAGAAGUUGGUGAUUAGUAACUGCCAAGAGCUUGAUCUGAUGGAACCAGUAGGAGCCUUGAGUGGGCUGGGAAACCUACAUGUGCUUACUCUCGUUGAGCUUCCAAAGCUCGUGGGCUUUCCAGAGAGCUUCAAAUCUUGUGUGUUAUCUCUUCAGUUUGUCCUGAUUCGCGAUUGCAAAGGGCUUGAGAAGCUGCCGAGCUUCAUUCGAGAUUUCACUUGUCUUAAGAAAAUUUUAAUUCAGGACUGCCCUAAGUUGAGCAGGAGAUGCACGGCUGAAUCCGGGGAGGAUUAUCAUCUCAUCCGCGGUAUCCCUGUCAUACACAUCGAUGGAGACACUUGUGAAGGGAGACACGAGGCUCUAACAAGCACAUAUAUCAUAAAUCCUGAUGGAAGAAAUGCGUGAAGAAGUUCAUAUUCGGAAUGAGCUCUCAGCUGAGCGCGCACCCUGUCAGUGGAUUCCUUACAGUGUCGAUUAGGUUAUUUCUUCUACAUGUAUUUGCAACAUCUGUAACACUGCUAUUUGUAUUGACUAAGAAUAAGCUGGACAAACGGGGUUUUUAUUUGUUUUGUG